CCAGUUUGUGGUUGCAUUUUUUGGGUGAUCUCGAAUCGUUGGCCUUUGGUUGUGCGUGUUUUUGUUAGUAAAUUUCGCGAGGAAAUCUAAUUAUUUUCAGGAAAUGUGAUCAUUUUACUAACGUACCUGCGUCGGAUCAAAUAACUAAUUAGAAGUGAGUAGUUUAACUCGAUAAAGGAAGCGAAGAAAGUUUCGAUCAUUGAUCGUCUCCAGUGCGAGUGCUAUGGAUUCGUUGAAUAUCAAAAUGGAGGUACCGGAUCUGCCACUUCCGGAUCACAUCUCGCAGCUUGGCGAAGAUGGGCUGGGCAUGAUUGCAAACUCUGAAUUUCUGGCCAAUAGCAAUGGGUUGUUUUUGGGCGAAACGGACGAUGGCGAUGACGAUGAUGAUACCAUUGUGGUGCAUAUGGACCUGCGGGAAAAUCUGUCGACGCUGAGGGGUCUUGUUGAACAACGAAUUGGAGUCUCGCUGAAGCACUAUGAAUUCUGGCUGCAGGAUACUCAGAUGCUGGAAUCGCACAAGAAUCUGGUCGAUCAGUGCGUCCAAGGUGAGGGAUUGGUUCAGAUCAAUGUGCAGGUGCAGACGGCCAAACGCCGCAUCAAUAUCGCUGAUGUGUUGAAACCGACGGAUGAGGUUCUGGAAAGCUACCAGCAAGAGCUGGAACUGGCCGCGGCUCAGGCAGCAGCGGUUGCGCAGGCAGAAGCAGUAGCCGCUGCAGCAGCUUCAAUUUCCAACACGGAAAGCACGUCUUCUUCUCAGCAACAGCAGCAGUCAGCAUCAUCUCCCGCCGUGCCAUCUCCGGUGGCAGCUAGUGUUUCUAAUGAUUCUGCUCCGCCGCCUAAAACGCCGCAGCAGACCGCAAAGGAAGAGAUGGAGACGGCUUCGGCUGUCGCUGCCAUCAUAAACUCCGCCAAUGCGGAAGCGAACGCUGAGAAGGUAGCAGCAGCAGCCCAGAUUACGACGACAGUGGCCGCAGCUCCGGUAACCACAACUACCACCACCACAACCUCACAGGUUACAAACGGAACGGCAUCGGUCAAAUCGACUCCGCCGAUGAUGGAAUCUCCCACGAUUAUCGAUGACGACGAUGACGAUGACGAGAUGAUGGGCGACGGAGGUCAAUCGGCACUGCGGUGGGUUUGCGAUACGAAUUUCAAACGGGAUCAGCAGCGGCUAAACAUUCCGGACGAUCCGCUCGAGUGGACCGUGGCGCAGGUCAAACACUGGAUCCAGUGGGCGGUUAAGAUAUUCCAGUUGACCAGUAUAAAGCUGCAGGAUUGGAGCAUCAGUGGAAAGGAACUGUGCGACAUGGAUCACGCCGAGUUUAAGCAGAAGGUACCGAGCGAUCCUGGGGAUCUGUUCUGGACGCAUUUGGAGCUGUUGCGAAAGUGCAAAUUUGUGGCCGUUGUUCAAAAGCAUGGCGGCGAAGAGGAUGAUUACGACGAGAUGGCUAUUUUGAGGAAAGUUCCCAGGAAUAGUUUGGCAAAUGAAAGCUACUGUGGCAAUCGAAGCGGAAACAACGGACAAAUCCAGCUGUGGCAAUUCCUCCUGGAAAUACUCACCGAUAAGGAGCACCAAGGAAUCAUUCAAUGGAUUGGCAAGGAAGGCGAAUUCAAGCUGUGCAAUCCGGAAUUGGUGGCUCAGCUGUGGGGCGAACGGAAGAACAAACCGACCAUGAACUACGAGAAGUUGUCACGUGCCCUGCGCUAUUACUACGAUGGGGAUAUGAUCUCCAAGGUGCACGGCAAACGGUUUGUGUACAAGUUUGUGUGCGAUCUGCGGGAACUGAUCGGCUACAACGCGUCGGAACUAUCCAGUUUGGUGCAGGAAGGGUGCGCUUAUGUCCACAGUAAUUCGUACGACGGUUACGAUCGGGAUUGCGAUUGAGUUUCGGUUUGACAAUGAAUUUUCAUUUAUUUUUACACUUAUAAAGUUUACAAUAACGUUAAAUUGAAUUUAUCUACGAAGUUUAAGAUUAUGCUCUAUUACAAUCAUAUUAUAUUGAUAUUACAAUAAACAGAACGAAAUCGUG